GGGACAUACACGCAGGUUAUUUGUAUACGGAGACAAAAUGGGUAUCAUCGACUUUAUCAAGGAUAUCAUUCGCCCCGGGAACGGGGUAGAUUACCCCAAGAAUGGCGAUAUGGUCACAGUUCAUUACCAUGGCUAUCUUUACGACCCGACGCGAUCGUGGAACCGGGGACGUCGUUUUGACAGCAGUAUCAAGCGAGGCAUCCCCUUCAAAUUCCAGAUUGGCAUGGGCCAUGUCAUUAAAGGGUGGGAAGUGGGCAUUCUGGGCAUGAGCCUGGGCGAAAAGGCUCUCCUUACCUUCGGGCCUCAUUAUGGAUAUGGUGAUAGGGGCGCUCCGCCAUUCAUCCCGGGUAAUUCAACCCUUGUCUUCAACGUUGAGCUGCUUGCUAUCAAUGGGCGGACUCUUCGGUCAGAUGACUCUGAUUAGGUGAGGGAACAAAAAUACUGUACUUUUAUGUUACUUGUAUAUCAAACCGCUGGAUGGAUUUAGAAAACGUUUCUAUAGUGUUGUCCCAGUAGCAAAGCUUAUCAGCGUCCAAAGCACAGAUAACCAUGAAAACCAACUAAACACAGAGUUGUUGGUCAAGGUGCUGUUGUAAUACAACAACACAAUGACCGUACGAAGCUUACAGGUAUAGAUAUACAUCAUCUGCACCUGCC